AUGGCUAGGUCAUUGCCACGUUCCUUGAUGAACUUUGGCUUGUUCAGUGCAUUGCUCUUCCUGAUUAUAUACCUGAACGGCCCAGACUCAAAGACCAAGACUUUUGCCUGGAACGAGAUCCGCUACAAGCCCUCCUCAGCCACGCUGCCCGAGUCUCGAGGAAUCUGUCACGGCUUAUCGAGCAGCUCAAAGCCAGCACUAGUUGUAUCCCGAGUCGCAGCGGAUGGGGAUCCAAAAUGGCUCGAUCCACUGUCCAAACUGUCCCAUUUUUGCGUUUACACUGUUGAUGCGCCUGUCCAGGAUUAUAAGUACCUCCAAGUUCCCGCGAGGCGCGGACAUGAAGCGAUGGCAUAUCUGACAUUCAUCAUCGACAACUAUGAUCAUAUCCCGUCAGCGGGCGCAGUGUUUGUCCAUGGAGCACGCUUCCAGUGGCACAAUGAUGAGCCUCAGUAUGACAAUGUUGCCCUUCUCUCGAGGCUGAAUGUCUCGAGAGCGCUGGAGUCGUCUGGGUAUCAUAAUCUUCGUUGUGAUUGGAGUUUGAGCACUUGCCCCUCCUCCGUCCCACCGCAAGGGAGCUUUGAGACUUCUUCUCAGGCACAACUCGUGCCGUGGGAUGAUCGCGCGGUCUCAGAUGCAGGUCUUCCCAAGGCUCUCGCUGCUCUGUUUGGUGCUGAGGAUGCUAUAGGAGUGCGCCCAGGUCCCGCGGAUGCUGUUCGCUCUCAGUGCUGUGCGCAGUUCGUCGUGUCGCGGGAGAGCAUCAUGCGUCAUUCCCGCGAGGAGUACGCUGCUUUGCGGCAAUGGUUGCUCGAGGACAAACGAGGCGAUCUUGUGCUUGGAAGGAUCAUGUCAUAUGUGUGGCAUAUUUUGUUUAUUAAGCAAGGGAAAGUCCGGGCAGGGAACGAAGGGAUUGAUCUCGAGCUGCUGAACAAACAAGCUUGUCCGAGUGCUGCGCAGUGCUAUUGUCGCUUGUAUGGACGCUGCGGUCUUGAGCGCUGUAUUGCGAGUUCGUGCUAUGGGCAGUAUCAGCUUCCACAAGAUUUGAAACUACCAAAAGACUGGGCUGAGACACACGGGUAA